AUGGAGGCAACAUGGGCGAUGGUUUGUGUCGUGUGUGGUGGUGAUGGCUAUGCGUAUAUGCGGUGGGCGAUGGAUGGGGUUGCUGAUUUGGGUGUGAGUGGUUGUGGUCCGGUAGUAAUUGGUAGACAGAGAGAGAAUGAGAUAGAGGCUGCAUACCAGGAUGGUGUUAUGGCGGUGGCGUUGUGGCAACUGAGAGAGACGAAUAGUAAUGGAAAUUCAUUUAGGACAUUGCGCCUCAACAAGUUAAUGCAGAGAGCGUUUAGUGUUAUGAAUCUUCGUGCGGAUGAUGAUACAACUGUUGAGAUUGUAGAAAAUAACAUGGAUAACAUUAUACAUCAAGUGAGAAAAUACAAGUCAACUUUAUUAGGAAAGAAUACAGUUGAUGAUGAUGAUGAGAACAUUCUUUUAGAAAUUUCUAGUACCCCAAUGUUGGAUCUUCCAUGA